AUGAAAAGUCUAGAAAAACGUAAACACGAGAGUGUUUUUCCAAAAAUUAUGAUAUUCUGUCUUAGUUUUUUAUUGUUUUUGUUGAUUUCGUUUUCAACGAAGGGAUUAUAUAUACACGAAGAACAUUCAGUUCAGUUUGUUAAAGUUUUAAAUAUUCAAUCACAAAUUCAAAGGAACCUCAAAAAUAGAAAGAUAGUCCUACUUAUUGGGAUUUUUACUGCAAGUAAAUACAAAAAUCGUCGAGAUGACAUUCGAGACACGUGGAUGAAAACUUGUCAUGAAUAUAAGGGAUGCAAAAGCCUAUUCAUAUUGGAUGGAUUAACAGCUGACGGAAAGCCAUUGGAUAAGAUCAUAAUGCAGCUACAAAAUGAAUCUAGUCAUAAUAACAAUGAUAUGAAAAUUUUACGGACGCCUCUUGGAAGGAAUUUUGCGCUGAGGAUUUUAGAAAGUUUAAGGUUCGCUUUUCAGGAAUACGACUUUGAUUACUUCUUGAGAGUGGAUGAUGAUUAUUACCCGUGCAUCCAUCGUCUUAUGUUCGAGCUACCUAAACGCAUGAACCUUGAGUACCUUUUCUGGGGUUUUACUAGAUGCUCCCCAGCGAGAAUUGACGAAGGUUUCGUUGUGUUUAAUAAUAAAUUAGCGAUACGGAUUUUGGAAGACGAGAAUUCGUUGAUUUGUACAGACUUUGGCACAACUUCGAUUUCAAAAUGGGUCAUGGAUAUAUCAAGAACUCAGAAUGUUUCCUGGUUUGCUGAUAAUGAGCGCGUAUGGCAUCACCCACCUGUGUCUCUCGUACCUGAGCUUAAAAAAAAACUGAGAUUUGUCAUACGUAUCUUGCUUUGCAUGGAGUUUAUUUUGGCGAUAUGA